AUGUUUGUUCUGGAGUACCUAGACGAAUGGAUGCCCUUGCGUAAUUAUAUCUCUACACCUGGAAAACUGCCGGAAGAUGGAGCACGCAGGCUUAAGCUUCAGUUAGUGAAAGCAGUUGAACAUUGCAUAAAGCACGGGGUGUUUCACAAUGACAUCCAUUUUGGAAACAUCUUGGUGGACAGUGAAGGUGUACAACUGAAGUUAAUUGACUUUGGGAUUUGCCGUCUAAUCAAUGACGCUGCAUACAAAUCCAAAGGACAUAAAGGAGCACCUGAGAAAUAUUCUGAGUUCAUACACAGGUGGUUCUGGAUCUGGCCAGUCCUGCAACAAAAGCCAGCAUCAGUCUGGACCACACCAAACCAAAAGCACUUAAAGCGCCCCUUUGACUGCAUCCGGACGGACAAAGUGGGGACAGUGCCAGAUCCACAGCCUCCAGUCAGUUCGAGCAAUCCUUCUUCAAAGGAUUCCUCAGAUCUGGCCAGUCAGUCGAAGGUGGUUAAAGGUGGUCCAGAAGAACCAACAUCACUUGAAGAUUACCUCCGGAAAAAAAAAAAAGAUGUGGAGCACCAUGUGAUGCUUCCACACAGGGCAGAUCAGGCAAAUCCUGAUGCCACGGAUAAAGCCAGUCUGCCUAUUUCCAAGACUCGUGUGAGUCUUGAAGGAACUGACGUGCAUGUCGGGCAAUCUAAAUAUCCGAUGCCGGAUGUGGCCAAAAAUCCAGCGGCUAAAGUGUCCAAAAUUCCUGGGCCUGAAAGUGCUGGUCAGCAGAGACAGAAAAAAACGGUUAAACCAAGCCCCAAAUGUCUUCUGCCAAAAGGUCCUGAAUCUUUUAAUGCUGAUUAUGAGCUUCAUGAUCAGGACGGCAUCAAUAGCAAUGUUGUCACAGGAAUCCGCACAGCUGAUGGCAAAGAGGUCACCAUCAAGCGUGUGGAGUUGGAUGACAAAGACGUUAUUCAUUAUGUAAGUCACCAAAGCUAA